UUUCACAAAUCGUUAAAAAGCUAUUGCUCCAGUUAAAGAAAGAAUUGAUGAACUAGAAAUUCAAUUAAAUAAAUUACAAAUUGCUUUUGAUGAUCUAUCAACCUAUAAACAAAUCUUCGCUUUUAUGACAUUACAGAAAAUAUUGGAGAAGAUACCAAUCAAUUAAUAAUUGAUACAUGCGCCAAAAUUGAUAUUGCUAUUAAUAAUGAAGAUAUUAGUGUCAGUCAUCGUAUUGGUAAAGUAAACAAUUCUAUGGAUCAACGUCCACGUGCUAUUAUUGUGCGAUUCUUGCGUUAUGGUGCAUACUUCGGAAUAAGAAAAGACUAG